AUGCCAGAUGGUUACGUCUUCGUAUCGAAAGGCAAUGUUUACAUGACAGCCAAUUGCCGGAAACAAACACAGGCCGAAGGACGGAUUGUCUACGCCGUGGUGGAUAAGAACAAACGCGCCCUGGGCAUCCGGGUCCCGAGGCCUGUCCGCGAUACCGUAUGGGACUCUGAGGCAGCAACCCGAAAGGACCGCGAGGCUGCUGUUCGGAAGCGCGACAAAGCCCUCGAGCUCAAGUUUCGCCAGACAGUUAAGAAGCUGUUCCCGGCGGCGCCCGACGGCGAGAUCCCCAGCAUCGUGGCCCGGGCCAUGCAGAAGGGUAGCGGCCGGGUAGGCAGAACGUCAAAAGUCGACAUCGAGAGGAGAGCCACCCUAGCUGUCACGGCGGCCAUUCGUCACCGCCACACCGACUACGACAAGAAACUGAAAGACGGCAUGAACCGCACGAAGGCUCGCACUGAAACUUUUAAGCAAGUCGGGGAGAUUCUGGCGACUUGGCGCGGAAGAGCUUCACCCGCCCAGAAGGCGCAGAAAGCCGAAACAGACAACGCAGAUGGGAAUCAGACCAAGCCUCAGGCUAAACUGUCGCUUCGCGCGAUGAGGCGAAUGAGACGAGCGGAAAAGGCAACAAAGCCUACCCUGGAUCUUCGGUCGGGCAGUCGCUCCACGAGCACGCAGAGUAACAGCAGAAACCCACCUUCGCCCAAGGAAAGGCGAAUGUACAAGUUGAGAACACGCCAGCAAAGAAAGACACCGGCAUUACCCGUCGAGUCUCCACCGUCACAAGGCAAAAUCGGUCAAUCAUUGAGGGACGAUGGUUCGGAAAUCGAAGAGAGCGAUGAGUAUGUUGGCUCCAGUGAGGACAACUGUAUAUGGAUUAGUAGCGAUGAGGAUGAUUAG